AAGAAAAUGGCGUCACGACUCACUAACAGUCUGAGGUCGCCAAAUAAAGGUUUACUUUUGUUGUGCUAAAUAAAUCAUGUUUUUCAGCCUGAAAUAACCUCAGAAUGGAAAUCAUGGCUGUAAACAUGCUGACAAGCUCCCCAGCUCCAGUCACACUGCCCCCCUCGCCAUGCUCGGAAGACCCCAGCCCCACAUUCGGGACGCUGGACGGCGAAGACUAUGUGUUCAUUGAGCCCCGUCAUUCCAACAAGGUGCUGGAAGGCCUGAACAGUCUGAGACUUAACAAUGCCUUCUGUGAUGUCACACUGUGCUGUGGGGGACAGGAGUUUCCUUGCCAUCGUAUUGUGCUCGCUUCAUUCAGUUCCUACUUCCAGGCUAUGUUUUCCACCGACUUGAUGGAGUCGCGACAGGAGCGAGUGGCCAUAAACGGCGUGGAGCCGCAGAUGAUCGGCAUGCUGGUGAGCUACGCCUACACCGCCGAGGUGGUCAUCUCCAAAGCCAACGUGCAGGCCCUGCUGGCUGCUGCCAACCUGCUGGAUGUCAUGGCGGUGCGCGAGGCCUGCUGCAGGUUCAUGGAGCGGCAGAUGGACGAGAUCAACUGCGUAGGCAUCCACUGUUUUGCCGAGGCUCACUCGUGUAAGGAGCUGGAGCGGCGCAGCAUGGAGUACAUCCAGCAGCACUUCAGCACUGUGUGCAGACAGGAGGAGUUUCUCUCUCUGUGUGCCGAUAAACUCACCGAGAUUAUCUCCAGCGACCACCUCAAUGUGCCAAAAGAGGAGACUGUGUUCGAGGCAGCCAUGCUGUGGCUGGAGAAGUGUUCUUCACGCAGACAGAGCUUUGAAAAGGUUCUUGAGCACAUCCGGCUGCCCUUCAUCAGCCCCUAUUACAUCCAUGAUGUGAUCGAGUCUCUGGACGUUGUGAAGGAGUCUCGGAAAUGUCAGGAACUGAUCUCCGAAGCCAAGGACUUCCUGCUGUUGCUGGACCGCAGAGGGGAACUCUACAGCCCGAGAACUCGGCCUCGCAGGACCAUGGGCACAGCUGAGGUCAUUGUGACUGUCGGAGGAGAAGAUGAUAAGGUUGUGUUGAGAAGUGUGGAGAGCUUCGACCCACUGACCAGCCAGUGGAAAAGCCUGGCGUGCCUACCCUUUGCUGUGAGUAAGCAUGGAUUGGUGGUGUCAGGUUCCAUGUUGUAUUUGGCUGGUGGCGAGUUCCCAGAUGGCUCAGCCAGCAGAGAAAUGUGGCGCUACGACCCCUGCUUCGACUCCUGGUUUGAGAUGGCGCCCAUGAAUGUGGCUCGAUCAGAACUAGGUCUGGUGAUGCUGGACGGCUACGUGUUCGCGGUAGGAGGCUGGGAGGGCCGCUCCCGCCUGGACUCGGUCGAGUGCUACGAUCCUCUCACUAACACCUGGCAAUUCAUGGAGCCAGUCAAAAUGGCGGUCACCAGUCCAGCUGUGGUGGCACUGGAUGGACUGCUUUAUGUCACAGGCGGUGCUGUUCUGGAAGACGGAGAUGGAACUGACCUAGCGCAAGUGUAUAACCCUAAAACACACGUUUGGACUGAAGUCGCACCCAUGCAGAUCGCCCGCUCUGGCUCUGCAGCCUGCACUCUAAAGGGGAAGAUCUAUGUAAUAGGCGGGUGGCACGCUUCUACGGAGAACACGGAUAAGGUGGAAUGCUAUGACCCAAAGAGCAACAAGUGGACCAUGUGCGCACCAAUGAAGGAGCGACGCUAUCGGCCCGGAGUAGCUGUUGUGGAUGGGAAAAUCUACGUGUUAGGAGGAGAGGAGGGCUGGGACAGGUACCACGACACAAUUGAACGGUACUGCGAUGAGACCGACAGCUGGGAAAUCGUCGGCGAGAUGCCCACCAGCCGCAGUUGGCUGAGCUGCGUCUCCCUGCAGCUGCUGAAAGACAAUCACGGCGCCGGGAGCCAAGACGGCACCUCGGAGGCCGAGUUUCCUGUAGACUGACUGCAUCCGGCCACCGUGCGCAUUUAACCUCACACUUGGUGUGUAGACAGCAGCCAGCCGUAAAGGUCAGGUAGGCUGCUGUCGCGUCGACACGCUGACGAGUGGGUUAUGAGUCUCCACCUGGUUCAGUUCAUUACAAUGGACGGAGUCAGAUCACGUGUACCAGUUGUAUAUAUGGUCUCUCCUUGGAUCUGUGCAAACGGGUAUGCAGGGUUUACCGUGAAAGCCCCAGCCCCUCUAGACGUGGUCGUGAAAUCGUCUCGUGCGCUAUUUAUUAGGUCUGUAUCGUACGUGUGGAUGUGAGUUAUCUGUGGUGUUUGGCAUCUAACAUCUUAGAUUAGGAUGUUGAUUUUACAGCUAAUUUGAAACAGUUAAGUCAUUUAACAGUCGCGUCCAGUCUGUUUUAUAUUUAUACGUGUAUAAGCCACUAAAAUGUAGCACAAUUUGAAUUAUUUGUUCAAGACUUGAGUAAAUGGUGGGUGUGUUCAAAAAGCAGUGAUUUUUUUCACAUUCCGGGAGCUGCCAAUAAAAUGUUGCCAUCUUA